AUGAAAAAUCUUGACUUAGUCUCUAUACUCGAUGAUAAUCUUAAAAGAACCAAGUUAAAAAGUAAUAAUGAAAGAAAUUGAACUCCAAAAGAAGAAAACGUAUCUACUCACAGUAACAAAAGAUUAACUAGUACUAACUCAAAAUGAAAAUUCUCGCCUUAUCUAACAAAAUUGCCUUCUCACAGAGAUAAAUAAGGGAAGUUUCACAUUUAAAAAGGAUAUUAUCAAAAGCCAGAUCAGCAAGUAUCAGUCUUCCAUAGUGAGAAGCACACUUCAGCAUCAAACAAAUAUUUUAAAAAAACCUCGAAAAUCAGUUCAAAACUCAAAUGGGUAUUCUCAAGAAAGACCAGAUCGCUCACGUGUGAACCAAAAGUUACACAAAUCAACAUCCCACCCUAAAUCAUUCGCUCUACCAAAACUGAACAAAAAGCCAAUCAAGCCCUCUAAAAAUCGCUAUUCAAAAUGCCAAAAACUACUCAACCUCAAUUUCCCCCACAAAUCCCCACUAUACCAAAACCCCACCUCCAACACACACAAUAUUUCAAACCCUUCAAGACUAGCAGAAGGAAGUCUAAGCACAAAGAUAGCUAGUAGAAUAGUGACUCAGAUUAUGAAGGAUCCCAAGAAUUUUAACUUGAAGGUUUAUUUAGCAUAG